AUGGCGGACUUCGCGCUUGGGCUGACCAAGACGGCGGUGGAGGGGACCUUGAGCAGGGUCAAGUCGGCGAUAGAGGAGGAGGCGAGGCUCAAGGAGAAGGUGCAUCACGACCUGGUGUUCAUCACCGCCGAGUUCCAGAUGAUGCAGUCCUUCCUCAACGUCGCCAACAAGGAGCGCGCCAAGAAUGAGGUGGUGCGUACUUGGGUGAGGCAGCUCCGUGACCUGGCCUUUGACGUGGAGGACUGCGUCGAGUUUGUUGUCCAUCUGGACAACAAGUCGACGUGGUGGUGGCGCAUGGUGCCGUCCUGCGUGGUACCGCAGCGGCACCGGCACCUCGACGAGGCAGCCGCCGAGAUAAAAAUGCUCAAGGCCAGGGUGGAGGAUGUUAGCCAGAGGAACACACGCUACAACCUCAUCAGCGACUCCGGCUCCCAUGCCAAGACCAUCACCGUGCAGGUGGAGCACUCGGCCCCGGCCAACCCAUCACCAUCAACAGCAUUCCCUCUCCUAUGGGAAGUGUGGGAGGCUGCUGGAAGGACACGCAACAUCCACAACCUCCAAGAUCUCAUCACUCGUGAAAGCAAUGACCUUGAGGUCAUCUCCGUAUGGGGAAGCACAGCAGGUGAUCUUGGAGCCACCUCCAUAUUCAGAAAGGCGUAUUGUGACAGAAAAAUCAUGGAAAAAUUCAAGAUCCGGGUCUGGAUAAAGCUGAUGCAUCCUUUUAACCGGGAGGAGUUCCUCAAGAGCCUGCUGAUUCAGUUAUGCACAAGCUCUCACCAAGCAACUGUGGGAAUGGAGGACUUCCGGACACGGAUGAAAGCAGCAGCACCAGUUACUCAAGACGAUCUCAUCAAGGCUGAGCAAAUCAUGGAAGGGAAUAGGUAUCUCGUCGUCCUGGAAGAGGUAUCCACUCUGGUAGAGUGGGAUGCCAUCAAAAUGUACCUGCCUGACUCUAAGAAUGGCAGUCGGAUUGUCAUGUCUGCCCAUGACUUAGGGGUUGCACUUAUGUGCACUGGGGAGCCAUAUGAAGUGUCACAGCUCAGACACUUCUCUCACGGUCAAUCCAUUUGUGCAUUUUUCAAGACGGUCUCCUCAUGCCGUCGCCGUGAUAGGGAUGAACUUAAACGACUGAUAAGACAAGGCGGUGUGAUCUCCGUGCAUGGUCGCACUCAGAGAAAAUUAAAUAUUGUCAAAGAAUUGUACCGCUGCAUAAAACACAAUUAUCAGGAACAAUAUUUAGAAUUGAGCUUUGAAACGUACAGAUGGGUCAAUGUUUCCAAUCCGCUCAAUCGGAUGGACUUUCCUCGACGCUUACCUGUGGAUUCUGAUGAUACUGAUGAUGAUGAUGAUGAUGAUUCAGAUGAUAAUGACUCAGAUGGUCUCCAAGCCAAGGAAGUCGUGUCAGCCGACCAGGAUGAUUCAGGGGGUCCUCAAGCCAACGAAGUUGCAGCUGUCGACUCGGACUUAAUUGAAGGUUGUUGUAAGACACUACAUGAAAAGGACUGCCUUGUUGUCAUCGAUGGUCUGCAGUCCACAGAAGAUUGGGACUGGAUCAAAGGUACCUUCUUAUCGCAGCCUAUUAAAGGUUGUAUUGUUGUCAUUACAAAUGAAGAACGGGUGGCCAAACAUUGUGUUGAUGAUGAAGAAGAUCGAGCCAUCAACUCUGAAUAUCUGGAGGACGAGGUAUCUUUACUCACCAAUCCUUUCUCUAUUUUUAUGUUGUUCCAAUGCCCCAUCCCUUCAAUUUGA